AUGGCAGACAUUAAAACUGACGGCGUAGUAGCUGCUGCAAAGAAUCGUUUGCAGGUUGUAAAGGGUUUGCAGGAUGUAAACGUGUCAGAAUGUGAAAGUUGCUCCUUUGAGGUAUCACUGAACCUGGCCUACGUUGAGGGUGUCUGGAGUCGGGACGGGGUGCAGCUCAAGUCCAAGCCCCACUGUCGGAUCAGCGCACACGGCAAAAGACACUCCCUCAUCCUCAACAGGGUAGGUCUGGCGGAUGCUGGGGUGCUGUCAUUUCAGGCAAAUGGUGUUCAAACAUCCUGCAGAAUCCGCGUUAUUGCCAGAGAUAUUCAAAUUACCAAAGAGCUGGAGGAUGUUGACACAGUGGAGCGACAGCAGGUGAGCUUUGUGUGUGAGGUAAACCAGGUGGAUGUGGACGCUCGGUGGUACAGAGAUGACUGCCGAAUUCGAGCUGGAGACAACAUAAAGAUCAGACAUCAAGGAAAGACCCACAUCCUCAGUUUUAAGUCAGUUCGGCCUGAGCAUGCAGGAGAGAUACGAUUUACAGCUGAGCGUGUGUCUUCAUAUGCAACUCUCACAGUAACAGAACUUCCAGUUCAAAUAAUUCGCCCUUUAAGAGUCAAAAUAGCCAUGUAUCGCCACAGAGGUUUGCUAGAGUGCCAAGUGUCUAGACCUGCUCAGGUCAAAUGGUACAAAAGUGGGAGGGAACUUCUGCCCAGUAAAAAGUAUCAACUCAUCAGUCAGGACAUCUACAGACAGCUGACCAUAGACAAUGUUUGCUCCUCUGAUGAGGAUACCUACACCUGUGAUGCAGGAGAUGACAAAACCUCAUGCCAACUUUUUGUUGAGGAGCAGGCUAUCACUAUAGUGAAAGGAAUGAGAUCGGUGGAGGUGAUGGAACCAAAGCCUGCUCAGUUUAAAGUUGAGACAAAUAUUAAAUCAGUAAGACCUCCAAGAUGGAUGCUCAAUGGAGAGGAUCUUGAGCAGAGCCAAACUGUGGACAUUGGCAAAGAGGGCACUGUUCACAGUCUUUGCUUCACCUGUACUGACAGUUCAAUGUCUGGUCCUGUGGUCUUUGUCGCAGGGAAGAGUAAAUCCACUGCUCAGCUUACUGUGAAAGAGCGGCCUCUGCAGGUGGCUCGUCACCUGGAUGAUGUAGAAGCUAAAGAGAAUGGCACAGUCACCCUAAGCUGUAAGUUCACCCCAUCACCUCGAGUGAUCCGGUGGUUUAAAGGACGCACAGCUUUAAAGACCUCAAACAAAUACAGCAUGAAGAGAGAAGGCAAGCGGGCAGAACUCACUAUCCAUGGCCUGGCUGCUAUCGAUGCUGGACAGUACCGCUGCAUAGCUGGAGGUGCACAGAGUGCUGGAAAUGUCAAGGUAGAAGUGAGAACACUUAAAUUUGUAAAACAUCUUGAAGCUGUAGAGAUUGAGGAGGAUGGUUCAGCCAGAUUCUCAUGUGAACUCAAUUACAUUGUGGGCAAUGUUGAAUGGCUCCUGAACAACAUUCGCCUUAUUUCAAACGCUGUAAACAAGAUUCAGGCCAUGGGGACAAUCCAUAGCCUUUCUAUUAUCAAGCUUCAACCACAAGAGAGCAGAAUCACAUUCAAAGCAGGCCCUCUGUGUGAGACCACACUGCUCAAAGUUAAAGAACGUCCAGCAGUGUUUUUGAGGUCACUCGAAGAUGUAUCCGGAGAAGAACAAGGGGAGGUUUGUCUGCAAUGUGAAGUUUCCAAAGAAAGAGUGAGUCCAGUUUGGAAAAAGGAUGGUGUGACUCUCUCUCCCAAUGACAAACAUGAGCUCCUGCAGUCUGGAACAUCCCUUACUUUAGUCAUUCACUCUCUCUGUAAAGAAGAUACUGGAAACUACACAUGUGAGCUUGGCACUAGCAAGACCAAAGCUAAGCUUAUAGUUCAUGAUUUGCACAUAUCGAUUGUUCAGCGCCUGAAAACCUCUGUAGUAAUGGAAGGAGAAAGCUGUACAUUUGAAUGUGUUCUGUCACAUGAUCUUCCUGAUGAGCCCUGUUGGACUAUCAGUGGUCAGACAAUGGUUAACAACAAUCGAAUUCAGAUUGAACAGAACUGCCGCAAAUACAAGCUGACCAUUAAGGAUGCUAUUCUUUCUGAUGCUGGAGAAGUGGUUUUCACAUUAAAAGACCUAAGCUGUAGGACAAUGUUCUUUGUUAAAGAGAAGCCAGUGCACAUCUUUAGAGAUCUGUUGAAUGUUAAGGCAGUACCAGGUGAAGAUGCAGAACUGAGCUGUGAGAUCACAAAACCAGAGGUCACAAUCCACUGGCUCAAAAAUGGCCGCCUUCUGAGACCAAGCCCUAAGUAUUUGAUGAGUGUGGAAAACAACAUGGCACGCCUUUUAAUCAUUAACACCACUAUCAAGGACUCUGGGGAGUACUGCUGUGAGGCAGAUGGAGUUGCUACAAGGGCCAAACUUGAGAUCAGAGAACUGCAGCACACAUUUGCACGGGAGUUGAAAGACACCCGUGGAGAGGAAAAGGGCAGAGCAGUCUUGGAGUGUGAGACAAGACGACCUGCCAAACGCGUGAAAUGGCUCAAAGGCAUGGUGGAGCUGCGGGCUGGAAGAAAGUAUCUCAUUAAACAGAAAGGUGUGUUACUGUCUCUGACCAUCACCUGCCUGGAAAAGACUGAUACAGAUAUUUAUAUUUGUGACGUCGGUACUAUGCAAAGCCGGGCCCAGCUUACUGUACAAGAUGAGAAAGUUACCAUUUUGGAAGAACUUGAAGAUGUUGAGUGUUUUGAAGGUGGUACAGUGACUUUGCGGUGUCGCAUCUGUCCUAGUGAUUAUAUCAAUGUGAAGUGGUAUUUGGAUGAAACUUUGCUUUACACCAAUGAACUCAAUGAGAUUCAAGUCAUUCAAGGGGGUUACCAUACGCUUACAUUCAAACAGCUCGCCCGCAAAGACACUGGCACCAUAUCAUUCUCAGCUGGUGAUAAACGGUCAUAUGCAUCACUGCUGGUUAGAGAGAGAAGACCCACUAUAAUAAAAGCACUGGAGGACUGUGAGGCAGUGGAAGGAGGUGGUCUAGUGUUGUCAUGUGUCACAUCUAAACCAUGUCAUAUCUUGUGGUACAAAGAUGGCUGCUUGAUGUGGAGCUCUUCCAGGUACUACGCCAGCCGCUCUGAAUGUGAGGCUCGACUUACAAUCCGUGAGGUCUUGCCAAGUGACGCAGGAGUGUAUGAGUGCAGUGCUGGUUCUGUUAUUACCAGUGCUGUUGUUACUGUAAAAGCCAUUCCAGCGGAGUUCCUCCAAGCAUUAAUGUUCAUGGAGGCUAAAGAAGGUGAGACAGUGACCUUGACAUGUGAGUACUCGCUGCCUGGUGUCUUGGUUCACUGGUGGAAGGGGCUGGAGGGCAUUCGGUCUGGUGAAAAGUUUUUGAUAAAACAAAGAAAGACCAUCAACUCCCUCACCAUCAAAUCUGUGAAACCGGAAGACUCAGGAGAAUACACCUGCCAGUGCCGCAACCAUCGCUCUUCAGCUUGCCUCAAAGUCCACGCUAUUCCUAUUACAUUUGUUCAAUCCCUAAAGCCUAUCCAAGCAGAUGAGGGCACAAAUGUUGUACUGCGCUGUGAGCUGUCUAAGCCUGGCGUUCCAGUACAAUGGUGGAAAGAAGAUGAGCUUUUGAGAAAUGGGGUUAAGCACCAAAUAAGGAAAUGGGAAACCACUUUAGAGCUUAUGAUAUGGAAACCAGUCCCAUCAGACAGUGGGGAGUACAGCUGUGUGUGUGCUGACCAGAGGACCUCAGCCAUUGUCAACAUUAUAGCACUUCCGAUCACUUUUAAGCAAAAGCUCCGUAAUGUUGUGAUAGAAGAAGGAAACGUUGCCAUUCUUCGGUGUGAGCUGUCCAAACCUGGUCAUUCUGUGGAGUGGAGGAGAAGAGGAGAGGAGCACAUAAGAAAUGGAGAGAAAUACCACAUCAGACAGAGGGAGGCACUGGUGGAACUUAGAAUCUUUGAUGUUAUGCCAGAGGACAGCGACAUCUAUACAUGUAUUUGUGAAAACAUUGAGACUACUGCAACUCUUACUGUGAAUGCUGUGCCAAUCACCUUCAGACAGAAGCUGAAAAAUAUUCAAAUUGAAGAAGGAUUGAACAUUACACUUCACUGUGAGGUUUCCAAAGCAAGUGUCCCAGUAGAGUGGAGUCUUGGAGGGGAACUGUUAGAGAAUGAAGAAAAAUACCAAAUUAAACAACGGGGUACAAUCCAUGAGCUGGUUAUUAUAGAUGCUGAACCAGAUGACAGUGGCGUCUACAUUUGCACAUGUAGGGAGCAAAGAACAAAGUCUACUGUCAAAGUUGUUGCCAUUCCUGCAACAUUCAGAGUCGCUCUCAAGAACCAGCAGAUUGAGGAGGGAAGCAGUGUGACUUUACGUUGUGAGCUCUCAAAGAAGGGAGUACUCGUGCAGUGGCAGAAGAAUGGAGUCCUGAUAUCAGAGGAAGUAUCUCGGGGAAGGUAUCAGAUAAAACAAGAAGGUAAAACAGUCCAGUUGACCAUCGACAAAGUCCAACUGGAAGAUGGAGGAAAGUACAGCUGCAUCACUGGAGAUGAAAAAACAUCUGCUGAACUCAAUGUUAAGCCUCUACCUGUAACAUUCAAACGUGAGCUUCAGAGGAUUGUUGUGAAAGAGGGAGACAUUGGCACUUUCAGCUGUGAGCUCUCCAAACCUGGAGCAACAGUUGAAUGGAGAAAAGGCAGAGUCCUCCUGAAACCAGGCACCAAAUAUGAAAUGAAGCAAGAAGGGAAAAUAACAAAAUUAAUUAUAAACCAAAUAGAAGAUAGUGAUGCCGGCAACUAUACAUGCAAGACUACAGACAGUCAGACAACAGCUGAACUUGUUGUAAGAGUAUCAGCGAAGCGCAAGUGUAACAGAGACACCCCUCCAAGCUUUAAAACACCUAUACGUAACCAAGAAGUGAUGGAGGGCAACAGUGUGGUUCUGCACUGUGAGCUGAAUAAACUGGCCUCCUCAGUGGAGUGGAGGAGACAGGGUGAACUCCUUCGGAAUGGAGACAAGUAUCAGAUGAGAAAGAAAGAGCUGUUUUUGGAACUGAAGAUAAUGAAAAUUGAUAUUGAUGAUGGAGGAGAAUAUACCUGCAUAUGUGGUGAUCAGAGAACAACUGCAACAAUCAGAGUCAAUGAGCGUCCGGUCAAAUUCCUCCAAGAAUUGAAGAAUAUUGAGAUGCAGGAAGGAAAUGGCGUGACUCUGUGCUGUCAGCUGUCCAAACCUGAUUUCUUUGUACAAUGGAUGAAAGGAGAUACUGAGCUAACAAAUGGAGAAAAGUAUCAAAUUAAGCAAAAUGGCUGCAAAGCAGAACUUUUUAUCAAGAAAAGUCAACCAGCUGACAGUGGCCUGUACAGCUGUGUUUGUGAGGACAUUAAAUCAACAGCAAAUGUCUUAAUCACAGCUAUUCCAGUGGCAUUUAAACAGAAGUUAAAGAACCAGGAAGCGGUGGAGGAGGGCAGUGUGACUUUACGCUGUGAGCUCUCCAAGUCAGGAGUCCCGGUGGAGUGGCGGAAAGAGGCUCAACUCCUGAUCAGUGGGCAAAAGUAUCAAAUGAAACAGGAGGGAAGAGUGGCUGAGAUGGUGAUCAAUGAUUUAACACUAAAAGAUGCUGGGGAGUACAGUUGUUCUAUUGACAAUGUUGUGACUACUGCUGAGAUCAAAGUAAGAGAAUUACCAGUUACAUUUAAAAAAGAAUUGGAGAGUUUAGAGGUGAAAGAAGGAGACAGUGCAGUUUUGUGCUGUGAGCUUUCAAAACCUGGUGCUGCUGUGGACUGGAGAAAAGGCAGAGUUGUUCUGAAGCCUGGGUACAAAUAUGAGAUGAAAUGGCAGGGAUCUCUUGCAAAGCUGAUUAUUAACAACAUAGAGGAGGAGGAUGCUGGCAAGUACAUCUGCAAGACCAAGGACAGCCAAUCAGCAGCUGAGCUUACUGUUACAUCACCUCCAGUUACAUUCAAGACAAAGUUAAGGAACCAACAGGUGGAGGAGGAGAACAACUUAACUCUGAGUUGUGAGCUAUCCAAACCUGGUCUUAAUGUGGAAUGGAGGAAAGGGGAAGAAGUUCUGAAAAGUAAUUUUAAAUAUCAGAUCAAAAACCGAGAAAGCAUCAAGGAGCUUAUCAUAAAAAAUUCACAGCUGGAUGACAGUGGUCUCUACAGUUGUGUCUAUGGAGAUACUAAGACAACAGCCAACAUCACUAUCACACCUAUUCCUCUGGUGUUUAAAAUGGGACUCAAGAAUCAGGAGGCAGCUGAAGGAGCAAAUGUUGUCCUUCACUGUGAGCUGUCCAGGGCUGGGGUACCUGUGCAGUGGUGGAAAGGAGAGGACCAGAUUUAUCAUGGAGGUAGAUUCCAGAUGAGUCUCUCUGGAAAGAUUGCAGAGAUGAAAAUCAGAAAUAUCCAGCCAGAGGAUGUUGGCGAGUACAGUUGUAUUUUUGGAGAGCAGAAAACAACAGCUGAGGUUAAUGUGAGAGCUGCAGCCUCUGUGUUCUUUGAAAAAGAACUGCAGGACCAGGCAAUAAUGGAAGGCAAAUCUGUAAUAUUUUCCUGUGAGGUUUCCAGUGCUAAUGUCCCUGUCACUUGGAAAAAGGACAACAGCACAAUUGAACAUGGUAGUCAAUUCAUUAUCAAGAAGAAAGGUCCCACACAUUCACUUGAGAUCAAGCAUUUGGAACUUAAAGAUGGUGGAGAUUAUUCUUGUAUUACCAGGGGUAAAAAGACUACAGCCAAACUGGUUGUGAGAGAGCGUGUGAGGAUUGUUACUGGGCUAAAAGAUGUAACAUUGACAGCAGGACAAGAUGCUGUAUUUGUGUGUGAGCUCAGCCAUGCAGAUGUGAGUGAGGGAGUCUGGUGGUUGGGGCCAUCCCCACUGCAGAAAAAUGAGAUGAACCAGAUGAUCUGUAAUGGCCGACAACACCGACUGGUUCUUUUAAUGACUACCCCUGAGGAGACUGGCACAGUGGCCUUUGUUAUUGGGGAAGAGAGGACAUCAGCUCAACUUUUAGUCAUUCCUAAGCCAAAAGUUUUAUUUGAGGAGAAGCCAAAAGAUGUUUCAGCCUUAGAAGGAGAAAUAGCAACAUUGUCCUGCAAGACCUCUGAUUUGACCACCCAAGUUACAUGGAGGCGUAACCAUAUUCCCCUCCAUAACAGUGAGAAAUACAAGAUAUAUAAAGAGGGUAAAGUCAACAUACUGCUCAUUUAUGAUGUGGAUCCUCUGGAUACUGGUUCCUACUCAUGUGAUACAGGGGACGUACAGAGUAGUGCAAAACUUACAGUGACAGAACUUCCACCAUUCUUCCAAGAGGACUUGCAAAGUGUUGAGGCUGAGGAAGGAGAAACUGCCUCCUUGUACUGCGAAUUAUCUAAACUUGGAGUACCCAUACAGUGGAACAAGGAUAGGCAACCAAUUAGGGCCAGUAGAAAGUAUGAUAUCAAACAAGACGGCUGUUUCCUCCAACUUAUAAUCAAGGAUCUUAAACUUGAGGACAGUGGCAGCUACAGCUGUCAGGCAGGAAAUGCAGAGACCAUAACUACUGUCACAGUAAAAGAGCCUCCUCCAUUCUUUAAGAAACCCUUACGAAACAUUGAGGCAAAUGAAGGAGGUGUUGCCUUCUUGCAGUGCGAGUUAUCCAGACCAGGAGCACAGGUCCAGUGGAGGAAGAACCGCCUCACACUCAGAGCCAGCAGAAAAUAUGAAAUGACCCAGAAUGGCAACUGUGCUGUACUAGAGAUUAAAGAUGUAACACCUGAAGACAAAGGAAGCUACACGUGUCAAGUAGGAAAUACAGAGACAACAGCUACACUUUCAGUCAAAGAACUGCCCCCCUUCUUCAAAGUGGAAUUACGAAAUGUUGAGGCUGAAGAGGAACAUAUAGCUUCUCUAUAUUGUGAAUUGUCUAAGCCAGUUACUACAGUGCAAUGGAAGAAGAAUCGACUACCAUUAAAAUCCAGUAGAAAGUAUGAAACUGAACAAGAUGGAUGUCAUCUCUAUUUCCAUAUCAAGGAUCUUAAUCUGGAAGACAGUGGAACCUACACAUGUCAAGUGGGAAACAUUGAGACCACUGCAACUCUCUCGGUGAAAGAACGUCCAUUGUUCUUCAAGAGUGAUUUACAGAAUGUUGAGGCUGAAGAGGAAGGGACUGCCACCCUGUUCUGUGAACUGUCUAAGCCUGGAGUAUCAGUGCAAUGGAAAAAGAACAGCACAUUGUUAAGAGCCAGUAGAAAAUAUGAACUGAAAGAAGAUGGAUGCUACCAUCAGCUUCUCAUCAAAGAUGUUAAACCUGAGGACAGUGGCAGCUACAUCUGUCAAGCUGGAAAUGCCGAGACCACAGCGAAACUGUCUGUCAAAGAGAUUGUGUCAGUCUUUGUGGAAGAGCUCCGCAAUGUUGUGGCUGAGGAAGGAGGCUCAGCUUCUUUGUUCUGUGAACUGUCAAAGCCUGGAGUGCCAGUCCAGUGGAAGAAGAACAGACAACAACUUAGAGCCAGUAGCAAGUAUGAAAUGAAGCAAGAUGGUUGCCUUGUACAGCUUCUUAUCAAAAAUCUAAAACUGGAGGACAGAGGCAACUACACAUGCCAAGCAGGAACUGUUGAAACAACUGCAAAACUGACAAUCAAAGAGCUCCCUCCAUUUUUGAAAGAAUUGGGGAGUGUCACAGCAAAAGAGGGAGGCACAGUCUCUCUCUGUUGUCAGCUUUCCAAGCCUGACAUAGUGCAAUGGAGGAAGAAUAAGCUGACACUGAGAGCAAGCAAGAAAUAUGAGAUGAUUCAAGAUGGCUGUCUUGUUCAGCUUAAUAUUAACGAUCUUGAUCUGGAAGAUGCUGGGAGAUACACAUGCCUAGUGGCGGGCGCAGAAACAACAGCAACUCUGACAGUUAAUGAGGUGCUACCUUACUUCACGGAGGACCUUCAAAGCACAGAGGCUGAGGAAGGAUUUUCUGCCACCUUUCAAUGUAAAGUGUCUAAAUGUGGGGUUUCUGCUCAAUGGAAAAAGAACAAGCUGCCAUUAAGAGCAAGCAGAAAAUAUGAAAUCAAACAAGAUGGUUAUCUUCUUCAUCUCUGCAUUACUGAUCUUAAACUUGAAGACAGUGCCAGCUACUCUUGUCAUGUAGGAAGUGCAGAGACUACCUCAAUGUUAUAUGUAAGAGAACAAUCACCAUUUUUCACAAAGAAGUUACAUUGUACUGAAGCAGAGGAAGGAGACCUUAUCACAUUUUGUUGUGAACUUUCCAAACCUGGACUGUUGGCGCAAUGGAAAAGAAAUACACAACCUCUGAAAGCCGACAAUAAGUUUGAAAUUAAACAAAAUGGAUGCUACCAUGAGCUCAAAAUAAGAGACCUUAAGCUUGAAGACAGUGGCAGCUACACAUGUCAGUUUGGAAACAUAGAGACUUCUGCUACAUUGUCUGUCAAAGAACUUCCUUUAUUCUUCAAGAAAGUUUUACAAAAUGUGGAAGCACAAGAAGAGGGCUCAGCAUCAUUAUGCUGUGAGCUGUCUAAGCCUGGGGUCUCUGUACAAUGGAAGAAGAACACACAGCCUCUGAGAGCCAACAGGAAGUAUGAAAUAAAACAAGAUGGCUGCCUUCUGUAUCUAAACAUCAAGGAUCUCAGGUCUGAUGACAGUGACAGUUACACUUGUCAAACUGGUAGUGUAGAGACCACUGCUAGACUUUUGGUUAAAGAGUUCCCAGUUUUUUUCAAAAUUCAGUUACAAAAUGUGACUGUAGAAGAAGAUGGCACUGCCUCUCUCAGCUGUGAGCUGUCCAAGCCUGGAGUCUGUGUACACUGGAAGAAAAAUCAGCAGCUACUGAGGCCCAACAAAAAAUAUGAAUUGAAACAAGAUGGCUGCUGUGUUCAGCUUAACAUCAAGGACCUAAAACUUGAGGACAGUGGUAUUUACUCAUGUCAAGCAGGAAAUGCAGAGACCUCUGCAACACUUUCAGUGAAAGAGCUCCCACCGUCCUUUAGAGUUCUGUUACAAAAUGUGACAGCAGAGGAGGAAGGGACUGCCAUAUUGUCAUGCGAGCUGUCUAAAGCGGGAGUCUUUGCACAGUGGAAUAAGAACCAGCAACCACUGCGGGCCAAUAGAAAGUAUGAAAUGAAGCAAGAUGGGUGCUGUCUUCAGCUUCACAUUAAAGAUCUUAAACUGGAAGAUAGUGGCAGCUACAUGUGUGAAGCAGGAAGUACACAAACUACUGCUACUGUGUCAGUAAAAGAAAAACCAGUAUUCUUCAAAAAAGGCCUGGAGAAUGUGAAAGCCGAAGAAGAAAGCCAUGUCACCUUGUGCUGUGAGGUGUCUAAGCCUGUUGUAACAGUGCAAUGGAGAAAGAAUCAACAACCCCUCAGAGCAAACAAGAAAUAUGAAAUAAAACAAGAUGGCUGCCUCUUCCAGUUAGUCAUUAAAGACUUAAAACCUGAAGAUAGUGGCAGCUACAUGUGUGAUGCAGGAAGUGUGCAAACAACUGCUACUGUGGCAGUAAAAGAGCAGCCUCCUUUCUUCAAAAAGGUCUUGCAGAAUAUGGAAAUAGAAGAAGAUGGAACUGCAUCUUUGCUCUGUGAGCUGUCUAAACCUGGUGUUGCAGUCCAGUGGAAGAAGAACAAGCAACCGUUGCGAGCUAACAAGAAAUAUGACAUAAAACAAGAUGGCUGCCUUUUCUUCCUCAAUAUAAAAGACCUUAAACUUGAAGACAGUGGUAGCUACACCUGUCAGGCAGGCACAACAGAGACCACUGCAGUACUGUCAGUUAAAGAAAAACCUGUAUUCUUCAUAAAAGGCCUGGAAAAUGUGAGAGCUGAAGAAGAAAACCAUGUCACUUUGUGCUGUGAGGUGUCUAAGCCUGUAGUAUCAGUGCAAUGGAGGAAAAAUCAACAACCACUCAGAGCAAACAAGAAGUAUGAACUAAAGCUAGAUGGCUGCCUCCUCCAACUGAUCAUUAAAGACUUAAAACCUGAAGACAGUGGUAGCUACACUUGUCAUACAGGGAAUGCUGAGACUGUGGCUACUGUUACAGUAAAAGAGCUCCCACUCAUCUUUAAGGUACAAUUACAUGACGUGGUGGCAAAAGAAGACGAUACUGCCUCUUUGUCCUGUGAGCUAUCUAAACCUAGAAUUUCAGUGCAGUGGAAAAAGAACAGGCAACCUCUGAGGGCCAAUAAAAAAUAUGACAUAAAACAAAAUGACCAUAGCCACCAACUUCUCAUCAAAGAUCUCAAACCUGAGGACAGUGGUAGCUACACAUGCCAAGCAGGAAGUGCUGAAACCACAGCAACACUGCUAGUUAAGGAACUUGCUCCAUUCUUCCGCAAAAAAAUAGAAAAUGUUGAUACUGAGGAGGGCAGCACAGUCUCUCUGUCCUGUGAACUCUCGAAACCUGGAGUACCAGUCCAGUGGAAGAAGAACAAACAAGAGCUGAAAGGCAAUGACAAAUAUGAAAUGAAGCAAGAUGGCUGCCUUGUACAUCUCAACAUCAAGGAUCUGAAUCUGGAGGACAAAGGAAGCUACACUUGCCAGGCAGGAAGUGUAGAGACCACAGCAAAUGUUAAUGUAAAAGAAGUCCCAGUUUUCUUCAAAAAAGCGUUUAAGCAUGUAGAAUUUGAACAGGGAAAUACAGUGUCCUUGUUUUGUGAAAUUUCCAAGCCUGGACUUGUACAAUGGAAAAAGGACAAGACUCAGCUGAGUGCUGAUAACAAGUAUGAAAUAAAACAAACAGGCUGCUGUGUGGAGCUUAAAAUCAAGGAUGCUAAGUCUGAAGACAGUGGCAGUUACACAUGUCAAGUAGGAACUGCAGUAACAACAGCAAAUGUAAAAAUAACAGCUAAAUCAACACCACCAAAAACAGAAAUUCCCAAAAUACAGCCCCCUCCAAAGCUUACUGCUCCUACUACAGACAAUAAGAACAUUGCACCAGGCAAACCUGUUCCACCUGAACCCAAAAAGAGGACCAGAAGAGCUUCUAUGACACCAUCUGAAAAAGAUGCAGAGCCAGUCUUUGACAUAAAACCACCAACAAAACCACAGCCACAACAAAAUACUGAAGAACAAAAGACUAUCCAAACAGUAAUUGUUCCAGAAAUAGUCACUAAUUUUACACCUGUUAAAUAUCAGGAUGAGAAAAAAGGAGAAAUACUGACUGUACUGCAACCUCAAGAAACCAUAGAACCUGCUCAGUCUAUAGUCACAGAUGUUUCUGUGACUGAGAAACAUGAAAAUAAUUUGGACAAAGAUGUUAUGAUUGAUGUUAAUGCAAAACAAGUAAAAAUUAUGGUUGAAACUAAGAAAGAACCAUUUGUAUCCCCAGAAAGAGGACGGGGAGUUUCACAAAGUGUGAAAAACCAAGAGAAAUCUGUAAGUAGUGUAGAUCUACCAAGCCCACCUGCGGGAAAUAGAAAAGAGGAGACUGUGAAAGAAGAGGAAAAGUUGAUAAUUACAAAGCUAUUACAACAGAAUGUAGACAAGAACAAGAACGAGGAUGACAUCAAACCCCCAGUAAGAACAAAAGGAAAGCCAGUAACUGUGGAAACUGUAAAACCUUCUGGAAAAGGGGCUGGGGAGAUUAUUGAACAAAUAAAACCAAUUACUACAAUGGACACUGAUACAAGACACCAACAUGAUGUUGAUGAGAAGGUGUCUGUAAAUCAAAUGGAACACAUUGUGGAACCCAGCAAACCCUUAAUAGAGCAAUUUGUGAGCGAAAUUAGAAGAGAAAAAGAAGUCCCUCCAAAAGUGCCCAGAAGGUCAAGAAGUAAAUCACGAAGCAUUGACAGACAAUCAUCAAGAGAUACUGAGACAGAUCAAGAUGAACAAUUGACUCAAAUGGUAAAAGUCGAACUUCCCAUGACACAACCAGUAAGACCAUUCAUGGCUGACAGGGAAGAAAAACUUGAGAUUAAACAGCAAUUGGCAGCUACAGAGGUAACAGAGAAGAAUCAGCUGGUAAGUGUAACAGAUACAGAACUGCAAACCAAGCCUGUACCCAAACAGCCUGUGAAACCUAUCAGGAAUGAGUCAGAGCAAAGACAGGAUAUUCCAAUACCUGCAAAACCAAUGAGGAAAGAGUUAAGUCUGAGAGAAGAAGUUAAAGUGGUUGCUGAGUCAGAGAGAGUCAAGCAAGAUACAAAAGUUAUUGUUGAACCAAACAGACAAGAGGUCAGAGAAGAGAUCAAACAGAAUCAAGUUGUUCAACAGGAGUUAAAACGAACAGCUGAAGUUGAAGUGAAAGCAUGUGCCGAAUCAGUGAGAAAAGAAGGUGAAAGUGUUUGGGAGAGGAGGGCCGCUGUUGAACCCAUGAAAAGAGACAACGAGCAAGCAGCAUCAAAAAUGAAAGAAGAAAUCCCUCUUCUCUAUAUUUCUGAAGAUGAAACCUUCUCAGAGGCUUUGACUGAACUUCCAGUUGAAGAAGAUAUUAGUAAUACCACUGAUGUUGCCACACCAAGACCUGCCCUAACUCCUUCUAUGAGACAACAGAUUGAGGAGUCUUUGAAUGUGCCACUAGACAUUGACCUAAGUAUUGAAGAUGAACCUGAAAUGCAAGAUGCUGCCAUCAAAAUCCAAGCAGCAUUUAAAGGUUUUAAAACCAGAAAGGAGAUGCGACCAGUUUUUAAAGAUGUGUUCAAAAAUCAGACUGUAGAGACUGGUGUUACAGUUACUCUUGUCUGUGUCAUAGAAGGAAAACCUACCACAGUGCGCUGGUUGAAGGACAGUCAGCCAAUCAUAAGUGAGAAAAGAUGCUUCUUCAAGACUAGGCAGAAUGGAGAAUCAACUUUAAUAAUUAACAAUGUUGCUACCAUAGACAGUGGUAUCUACACAUGUGAAGCAGUAAAUAAGUUUGGUGUGACUUCUUACAAUGGAAAUCUCACAGUUGUACAGCCCGCACAGGCACUGGGUCAAAGGCCAGUACACCCUCCACUCGCAGCUAUUGCUCCCCUUCUGCCUGCCCCAAAACCGGACACACAACCUGAACCCCAGCCCCAAAUAUCAGACUCAGAUAACUAUGUAGAAAAUGUGGAAGUGUCUCUUUGGGAGGCCUAUAACCUAACAGAGCAGGACAAAAAGAGGAGUCUGCAGGAGAGGAGGGGAUCCACUGUUUUAAGUGCCAGUUCAAUGUCAAGUCCUUCAGAUUACGAGACUGCACCAGAUAUACUGGAUCCGGAAGAGACAAUACCUCUAAAACCAAGGGAAGUAAAAGCACAGCCUGUAGAACACAAAAUCUCACAGAAUAUUCAAGAACAAACAGCACAGCCUUCAAAACAACUGAAAGUCAAAGAAGUUGAAAGCAAAUUAAGGGCCCCAUCUCCCAAGCAUCAUCGGGCUCACACACCUCAGACCACCACUAUGUCCAGGUCAGACUCAGAAGGAGAAGAGGACACCAAAGAGACCUUUGACCUUUAUGUGGCUCGAGCUGACUGCACUCCUAACAGUGGAAAUAAAGACAGUUUUAUUUUGAAAGAGGGACAGUAUGUUGAACUCUUGGACUCAGUUCACCCAGAUAAAUGGUUGGUCCGGACCAAACCAACCAAAACAAACCCUGCUCGUCAGGGAUGGGUCUGUCCUGCAUAUCUGGAGAAAAAAAGAAGGGAAGCCUUCCCACAAAUGAGACCCUCACAAGAUGAUCUAGAUGGAAUCGACUCAACAGGAGAAGAGUACAGAAAAGCUUCAAGUCAACUAAUUCAAGGCAUGGUUGAUGGAGAAGCAGAAUUUGUGAAAGAGAUGAGAACAUUCACUUUGCAUCAGUUAAAUUAUAUUGACUCCAGUCGACAUAUUCCCUCCAAUGUCCUAACCCAGAAAGAAAUCAUCUUCAGGAACAUCAGAGACAUUGUUUCUCUUCAUGAGCGAACAAUUCUUCCGGGUUUGUCCAAGUGUGUCACUGAUGAUGAUGUCGCCAUGCUACUCAUCAAACACUCUGAAGACUUUGAGAAAUACCUUCAGUACAUAGCAGGACAGGCACAAGCAGAGACGUGCCUUACAGAUAAGGCUAUACAACAAUAUUUCAAAGAGUUACCAGUAAGUAAGCAUGGGGAAGUUCCUGCUAUGGAUGUCAUAACUUUCCUCCAGAGACCAGUCGAGAGAAUUCAUACGUACCAAGCCCUAUUAAAGGAGUUGAUCAAGAACAAAGCAAAGAGUGGUCAAAGUUGCUGUAUGUUGGAAGAUGCUUUUUCCAGUGUUUCCUGUUUACCUUGGAGGUCUACCAAUCUGCACCAGGUUUCACUCAUUGAGAAUUAUCCUGCUCCUCUCACUGCACUUGGAGAGCCAUUGAGACAGGGAGUAAUCACUGUCUGGGAAGAAACUCCGGAAGUGAAAUCCACCACCAGGGGGCACCAAAGACAAGUUUUCCUCUUUAGGGAAUGUAUUGUUCUGUGCAAAGUGAAGAAAGACAUAAGUAUGAAUACCGACACCUAUAUUUUUAAGAAUAAAAUGAAGUUAAAUGAUGUAGAAAUAAAGGAGACAGUAGGUGGGGAUGACAGGUCUUGGGGGCUGUGGCAUGAGCACAGGGGGUCCAUGAGGAAGUACACUUUCCAGUGUCGCUCAGCUCUGGUCAGACUGUCGUGGCUAAAGGACCUGAAGGAGCUGCAACAGUGCUCAAGUGUGUCCACUAACUGUCCACCUGUGUUUGAGUCAGUGCUGUCAGACUGCACAACUAAAAUUGGACAAACAAUCAAACUGUCCUGCAAAGUCACAGGAUGUCCAAAACCAGACAUCAGCUGGCUUAAAGAUGGUUUGUCUUUGGAGGAUGACCCCCACCACAUUGUUACUACAGACCGGACAGGCAUAUGUAGUCUUAUUUUGGACAGCCUCACCCCAGAGGACUCAGGGCAGUAUAUCUGUUAUGCUACCAACUCUCUGGGCAGUGCUGGUUCUCUGGCAAAGAUUGUUGUUCAAGCUCCACCAAGAUUUGUGAGUCGGUUGGAAAAUGUUUGCCUGAUAGAGGGUGAAGACAUCUCCUUCACAUGUUCAACUCUCUCCCUGCCGUUACCACGAGUCAGGUGGUUAAAAAAUGGCAGCGAAUUAAAUGACCAGCAGAAAUACUUGAUCCUGAAUGACGCUCGAAGUGGCAUCUUGUCUCUAACUAUUCUUAAUGCAACAGAAAGUGAUAUUGGACAGUAUGAGUGUGAGCUUACAAAUGAGUUUGGCUGUGUUAAGUGCAAGGCAGGUCUUUGUCCGGCUUAUGUACCACCAACAGAUAUUGACAACGAGCCAAAGGACUUGCCUGCUAAAGAUGCUGACUCUGAGGGUUGGUCUACUGCCUUCGUUAAUAAAUGGUUACAGACGGAUUUCGCCCCCACUUCUGUUGUUAAGAUGUUUGUUCCAUCUGAAUCGGAUCAAAGAAGCCCUGCAGAAGACAUUCCUACAUCAGCAUUGGUGGAUGAAAGAGCAGAGCAGCCUUUGUACUACCUUGAAGAGAUUGAGGAAGAGAUCUAUGUUUCAGAGCCCAUGCAGGAAAUCACUGAUGCUCCGCCCUGUGUUCAGGUUCCUAUCGAGGAUCUGUCUGUGGAGCCUGGUCAAACUGCUACAUUCACUGCCAUCAUCACAGGGAGACCUGGUCCAAGCAUCAAGUGGUAUAAGGAUGAAGAUGAGCUUCUGGCCAAUGAUAAUGUAGAAAUCGUCCAACAUGGAGCACGUUGCUCUCUGACUAUAGUGUGUCCUGAAGGAGAGGACAGUGGAAUAUACACGUGUUUUGCGUACAAUGAAUCUGGUCAGGUCUUAUGUCAGGCCCAGCUCACAGUGGUCGAAGGUCUGCUUGAGUCUCAGGAGAGAGAGGUGGAGCUAGGCAAGAGAAGAAAGCUCUUCUCUGUCUAUGACAUUCAUGAGGAAAUUGGAAGGGGAACUUUUAGCGUGGUGAAGCGUGUCAUUCACAGAAGAACAGGAGAGGUAUUUGCUGCCAAGUUUUUACCUCUGAAAAGCAGCACUCGCACAAGGGCAUUCCAGGAGAGGGACCUUCUGUCUCGUUUGGCUCACCCCAGAGUGGCCUGUCUGCUGGAUUUCUUCUGCACCAGACGCACUCUGGUGCUGAUCACAGAAAUGUGUUGCUCUCACGGACUUAUGGACCAUUUGUAUAUGAGAGGAUCAGUUACAGAAAAUGAGGUUCAGUCAUAUAUUCAACAGAUCUUGGAAGCAAUUGGCCACAUUCACAGCAUGAACAUCUUGCAUCUGGACAUCAAGCCUGAAAAUAUACUAAUGGUGUACCCUCCAAGAGAUGAGAUCAAGAUCUGCGACUUUGGCUUCUGUCAGGAAAUAGACACAUCCCGACAUCUCUACAGUAUGUACGGGACACCAGAGUUUGUCGCUCCAGAGAUUGUUCACCAAGAGCCCGUCAGCGUGGCCACAGAUAUUUGGUCUGUGGGUGUGAUUGCAUUCCUGUGUCUGGUGUGUCGAUGCCCUUUCACCGGAGAUUCUGACCGUGCCACUCUGCUGAAGGUGGGGGAAGGCACCCUCAACUGGGACGCCCCAGAUGUGUUGCUCAGAAGUCCAGAGGCCCAGCACUUCCUUCACAUGGUUCUUCAGUCUGACCCUGACAAACGACCAUCUGCUUUUGAGUGCUUGAGUCAUGAGUGGUUCCAGGACGACCACACAGGAGAGGAUACCGAUGAAAUUAACACAAGAACUUUGAAAGUGUUUCUGUCUAAAAGGAAGUGGCAGCGCUCAUUGACCUGUGUGGGCUCUGUGCUCACCCUAAGGCCCAUCCCGGAGCUGCUGGACGCUCCUCUUCGGGAGACCGCGGUCACUGUGCCCCGAGAGCCCCACGACAGCAGCACUUCCGUCAGCAGUUCGUCCUCUGAGUACGAUGAAGCUGACACAUGGGACUUCUUCCAACACCACAGCCCAACAGAGGAAGAGGAGGAGACUGAGGAGGACUAUGAUCCUAUGGUGGAGAGAUCGCAGAUACCCAAGCCUUUCAGUAGAGUGCAUUUAGAAGAGGAAGAGGAGGCCACAUUUGGAGAAGAAGAGGAUGGAGAGAUCAUGGGAGGCAGGACUGUAAUGGAGAGGAGUAUGAGCAGGCAGUCAGCGGCUUCUUCAGACACAUCGUUGCUCUACACACCACAGAGAGAGCGAAAAUUCAGCAAAGACAGCUCACCAUCAGUGUUAUCAGAUGGAGAUGAAGGCUCAGGGAGUGAAGGGGGGCGUAUUCCAAGGGGCAGUGUUAUCCGAAGCACCUUUUACACUACAUCGCAACAGCUCUCGCCAAUGUCCGCCAGGCACAUGUCAUUACGGGACAAAUUCCAAGCAAAAAAGCAAGAGAGAGGUCGCAAACCACUUAGGAGGAGUUUCUCAGGCCGUUUGAAUGAACCACUGAUAGAAUAUGUGGAGGACGAGACAGACACCAGCCGUGGACAAAGGCGUGGAUCUAUCCAGACUUCAAUGCAGAAAUCUUGCUCUUUUGAUAGUGGCGUUGGACUACCACAGGCAAAUGUCCCACCACACAGAAGAAGCCGUUCCCUUGACAACUAUUCUCGUAGAUCUCCCAGCUCACCUGUACACAGCACUCCAGGGGAGGAUGAAGAGGGCUCUCACAGUUUAAAAGAGGAUUUAACUGAAGAUGAAGGGACAGGCAAACAGUUUUUAGGAAUUCCCAGUCCAAGAAGACGAGGAUCAGCUGCUCCAGUGCAAGUGUCACAUCCUAAUACAACUGUAGCCUCUCGUGUUUUAGCCAAAGAGAAGACAAGUCCCAUACUUGGCCAACCCCUCGCAGACAGGACCUUAUGUAGCUCACAAGGUUCAUUAGCUGAAUCUUUAGUUAUGGAGCAUGGUUCGGAUUCUUCAAGUAGAUUAGGAUCUUUUGAGGAUCUCCAUCACUUACGAACAAGAUCUGCAGCGAGUGAGGGCUUUGAUGAUCAAGCUGAGCCUCUAGUGUCAUCCUCUGCUGGUUCCUUCCAAGAGCUGGAUCAUGUGGUUAAACCAAAAGCUCCUCCUCGAACCCGCUCCCGUUCAAACCAAAGUCUAAACUCCACCCCACAGCCCAGUCCAAGCCCGAGUCUUUCCUCACUGCAAGCUCCAGACAGACCUCCGCGAGCAAAAGACAAAAAGGACAGCCACACUCUCCAGAGACAUGCUUCGGCUCCUGCCUUAGAGGUUCAGCCAUCCCCAGGGAGGUCCCCUAAACUGGGAUUUUUUAAGCUUUUCCGGAGACAGUCUUGGACUGGGCACUCCUACUCUCAGCUGGAUGACUCAGGUCUGGGUCCAACUUUAGGAGAGAUCAUGAAGCCGGACACGCCCACAAUGUCACUGAGGAAGAAGAUGAGAGCGUCUGCCUCCAGUCUGACCAAGCUCUUCUCCAGGUCAAAGGAGGACAUGAGUAAAGGAGGGCCUGUUUUCAAAGGAUCAGCUCCAAGUACACCAGAAUUAAAACAUGGCAACAGUCUUGAGGUCCCCAAAAGAAAAAAGUUGCUAACUUCUUUGAAAAUUCCUGCCUUCAAAAGGCCAAAAGUGCGUCCCCAUAAACCAGAAGUAGUCCGGCUGGAUAGAGGUGGUGUUUUGGUGGUAUGGAAACCAGUGCAAUCCAAUGAUACAUUCACUUACUGUGUACAGUGCUGCUCAGACAGAGGUGUGUGGACUGUUUUGACAGAUGAGGAAACUGACUGUUGCUACACGGUUACAGAUUUACCUCGGGGGGCAUCAUAUGUGUUUAGGGUGGGCUGUGUCACUAAGGCAGGAGCAGGGCCCUUCAGUGAGGCCUCGGUCCCUGUAGUAAUGUCAACUCAUCCUGAAGAGACGCACAUUCCCCUGAUUUGCACGGAUCUGCUGGGGACAAAGGGCACGGGACAGCAGUUAAUGCACAGGAAUUUCAGCUUUUUAUCAGAAAUCAACAGGGGUCGUUUUAGCGUCCUCACAGUUUGCAGGGAUGUUGAGACCAGUCAGGUUUUUGCUGCUAAAAUCACUCCGUACAAACCUGAACAGCGGCUGUUGGUUCUGAGGGAAUACCAGCUUCUAAGAAGACUGAACCACUACAACCUGGUGCCGUUACACAUGGCCUUUUUGACGGCCACUUACAUGGUUCUAGUGGAGGAACUCUGCCCAGGAAAAGAGCUGCUGUAUAGUCUGGCUGCCAGAGACCUGUAUGCAGAAUCCCAUGUGGCUGAGCUGUUGGUUCAGAUUCUCAGUGCAGUGGAUUAUCUUCACGGACGGCGCGUGAUUCAUCUGGACCUGAAAUCUGACAACAUGCUGGUGGACGACUGUGACCAUCUGAAGAUCGUGGACUUUGGUUCAGCCCUCUCCUUUACACCGGGCCAGCCUGUCCAUGUAGAGCACAUACAUGGAGUUUCAGAGAGUAAAGACUGCCGCAGGAAAGUUUACAUUGUUCUACCUAAAGCUCCUGAGAUCCUGGAAGGUCAAGGGGUUGGACCUGAAACUGACAUCUGGGCCAUUGGAGUUUUGUCAUUUAUGAUGCUCAGUGCUGACACCCCAUUUUAUGCAGAGCUUGGUUGGGAGCAGGACAGAAACAUAAAAAAAGGAAAAAUCCAGUUUGGACACUGUUACCCUGGUCUGUCAGAGGGGGCGCUAAACUUCAUGAAAAGCACUUUGAACCACAAAUCCUGGGCUCGGCCAACUGCAGCUGAGUGCCUCCAGAACCCCUGGCUGCGAGCUCAUCGUGGAAUCCUCAAAGGCAGACACUCCAAAGUGUGCUUCUCCACCGACAAACUGAAGUCCUACCUUAGUCAGAAGGAGGAGAAACGAGACCAGGUUCGCACCAAGCUCCAGGGGCCCUUCUUCCAGUAAGACCACCAAAAGU